CGAACUCUGCAUCAGAAACACGUACUUUCACACGACUCCCUUUUUUCUUUCUCUGACUCUUAAAUGACCCCCACACUUAAAACACCAAAAUAAAUCUCAAGUCAUAAUAUAUGCAAACAGAUAAAUAUAAUGCAAAUUACAACAGUUAUAUGCUUUAGAAAUAGGGUGGAAAUCUAGACUUUCAACCACAAACAAUUAUUUUAAAUAGCUAUUUAAGAAUAUGUAUUUAAGAAGUAGAAAAGAAGUUAUGGAAAUACUAUGCAGUGCAACUGGGAAACACUCAAAUGAAAACUGCAUAGUGAAUCACCGUCUCUGAAGAUGAAGAGACUGUGGUCCUCUUCUGGCUUCACCUUCAUCAGUUUGAUGAGGUCAUAGACUUUAAGCCCCUCUUGCGCAGUUGCUGAAGCAUCGGCAUGUGUUUAGUCUUCGCAUAAUGUCCAAUCGCCCUCUCAACCAAGCGCACCACAUCCAAGUGUUCCUGAGUAAAGAACAGUUGCCUUUUACCAGAUAACUUUAUGAAAACUCAACAAAACUGAUUUGGUUAAAUAAAGGCACAAUUAAUCAAAAACAACAUGAAAACAAGUAUUAACUUUUGCCUCACCUUACCUACAUGAUACCACUAACCACUAGCUAACAUUUCUAUCUGUACGUAGUUAGUAAGUCCUGUACAGUGGAAAAUUACAGUUUACAACCAAUUAGAAACUCCUGGUUCAUUCAGUUCCGAGAAUGAAGUGUUUUUUUUGUUUGCAAUGCAAGCAAUUUGCUCUCAAAAAACAUUUUUUUUGAGUUAGUUAGAUGUAUACUUAGAGAUUAGGAGACUGAAAGGGGUUUGGGGUCAGUCAUGCUGUUUUAGAAAAAGUGUAUGUCAGCCUGAUCCUUUAUUUAAAUGCUUAUCUGUCUGGUUGAUUCAGAUCGAUCUAUAUUUAGCAAUAGUCUAUAUAUCCCCUAUAUCCCUAUAUCCCCCUAUAUCUAACGUCUAUCACCUGAAUUUGGUUAGUUUCUAUCUAGAAUUACAUUUUUUUUAGAAAUAAAAUCUCUAAAAUUAUUACCAAAUUGAUCUGCAAAAGUGUUUCAAAAUGAAGUUAUAUUUAUAAACAAGUUAUGAUUUAUCCAUAAAAAUCAUUAAAAAAAAGUUGAAAUAAAUGCAAUUUAAGUCAGAUUUGCAACCACUGUGAGUAGAACUUUGAACACGCACACACACACCCACACACACACGGUGCAUUAACAUUGGAGUGUCUGCUCUCGGGCACAGUAGCAGCUGCAGGGCAUUUUCAUUUUCCAGCCUGCACCAGCCAACCAGUCGCUACACUGGGAGACAGGGCAGACUCCUCUGGUGCUUUUCGGAGUGGUAUCGGAUCAGAACUAAAGCCCCCUGUGACGUGUCGGAGGAAAUGUCAGAGCGAACAGAGGAGCUCUCCAAUAAGCCCUUUGUGGCCCGCUUGUCUAAUGUUUACCUCAGCAUCUUGGCCCUGUUCUGCUUUAAGCUCUUCGUUAAGAUCUCGCUCAACUUGCUGACGUACUUCUACAUCGUCCGUGGGAACCGCAAAGAGGCUGCCCGGAUAUCAGCAGAGUUCUAUGACUAUGGCCAGAAACACGGAUCCUGGGCGGACCGCUCCCCCCUCCACGAUGCAGCGAGUCAGGGCCGCCUCCUGGCUCUAAAGACCCUCAUUUCACAGGGUCACAGUGUGAAUGCUUUGACUAUAGACCAUGUGACCCCCCUUCACGAGGCCUGUGUGGGAGACCAUGUCGCUUGUGCCAGAGCUCUCAUUGAUGCCGGAGCAAAUGUCAAUGCUUUUACGAUUGAUGGAGUCACCCCUCUGUUCAACGCCUGUGCAGCGGGCAGCGUGGCGUGCACGGAGAUUCUUUUGGAAAAUGGAGCAAAACCCCAGAGCUUUGAAUGCCGCCCUUCACCAAUCCAUGAAGCCACGAGCAAAGGUCAUUACGGCUGUGUGGAGGCUCUGGUCUCUUGGGGUGCAGAUGUGGACGUGGACAUUCCUCAUCUGGGCACGGCGCUCUACACAGCCUGCGUCUGCCAGGAGCUGGAGUGUGCCAGGAGGCUCCUGAGGGAAGGUGCAAGUGUACAGAAAGGCAAAUCUCUGGACUCACCCUUACAUGCAGCUGCAGAGAAAGACUUCACAGCCGUAGUGAAGUUGCUGCUGGACUUUGGUGCCGACAUCAACGGCAGGAACGCAGAGUUUCAGAGGCCAGUGGACGUGGCUCCGCCCAGCAGUCUCUCCGAGGGGUUUCUACUGACGUAUGAAGUGACACCAAGACGCUUGGACCAGCUGUGUCGUCUUGGCAUCAGGAGCUGCGUCGGUCGGGACAGACUCCGCCUUCUUUCCCACCUGCCCCUGCCCAACAGGCUGAGGAACUACCUGCAGUUCCAAUGACAACUAACCCUCCUAAAUGGGACCUGAAGAAAUCCGCCUUUGUUUCAAAGAGCUAAUAAAAUCCUUGAUGUUGUCGUUCGAUUGAGGCGACCAAUAAAGUGUCUCAGCAGCUGCUGAUUAUCUGGCAGUUACCAAGCGGUGUUGAGCCGGCCUGCGUGAACCUUUACUACCGAGCACCCGGAUGGACGCAAAGCAGAGGGAUUCUAAAACCAGUUCAGGACUUAACUUGUUAGGAAUGAAGUGUUUUAUGUAAUUCAGUUUUGCCGUGUUUAGAAGAAGCCUUAACAUUUGCGAUAGCUAACAAACAGCGAUGCACUUUGAACACUUUCUGAUUAUAAUGUCACAUACGUGCAAUGUAAUAUACAGUAUGUGAAUGAACAUAGUUUUGCAAAAUAUCUUGUAAUGCAGAACUUAUUUGAGCUUAAUUUAAUUAUUAAAACCAACCUUUUUUAAACAAAAUGAUAUGUUUAAACUUGGAUUACAGAGAGGUGCAGGCAGCUGAAUUCAUUGUUAGGUCCCUUAUGGAAAAUAAUAGGGAACAGCAAAACAUGAGAGAGUGGAGAAGGGGGAGAUGUUUCUAGCUGAUAUAAUAAAAUAAAUCUUCAUGAAAUCACAUCUCACAAUA